CAGAGAUGGUCCAGGCGGUAGUUGACAUUGAGGAGUGUAAGUAAGAAGAAGGUCGGGGGAUGGUCACAGGACAUCAUCCGGCAGCUGCCCCCCACCUACAGCUGCCAGUUUCCGGCUGUACUCACGUACAAGCUGUCCUGUGAUCACAGGGUGAUUGCCCAGCUGAGGUAUCGCACCCUGGGCAACAGUGCCACUCGGCUGCACAACACCCUGCAGGAGCAGCACUCGGACUCUUGGAUGCGGAGAGCGAUCCAGUACCUCGGCGUCUGCGAGCCGUUCCUGUCCUCCGCCGUGACGGAGCCGUUCCCGUCACCGCCCCAGAUGGCACCCGUGCCAUCGCCCGUCUGGCUGUUGACGGUGUACGGCUACGAUAUCCUGACACGGCUGGAGGAGUACAAGGGCAGGAUCACGUCCACCUUCGGGUCCAUUUUGAAGAUGGACUCGACUAAGAAGGUGACGAAGAAGCUCGCGGGUACCGCCACUGACACGGCCGCCUGGGUUACCAACGUGGGUAACGAGCACGGGCAGGUCCUCAUCAGCGUCCUCACCUGCUCCGAGGGAUUGAUGAGGCGGUACCGACUCGCCGAGGUUCCUCCCCCCCAGAUCAUUUACGUGGACCGCGACUGCUGCAACAGAGACGGCGUGUCAAAGACAGCUGCUUCAUUUUCGGAGUGGACGCAGCUCGUGGUCCGCCUGGACAUCUGGCACCUGAUGCGCCGCUUCGCGUCGGGUGUCACCACCGAGAGCCACGAGCUGUACCCCACCUUCAUGAGGCAGCUGUCUUACUGCAUCUUCCAGGUGGACCCCGAAGACGCCCGCCGUCUCAUCAGGGCAAAGCGGUCAGAUCUGGAGGGGAGAGGCGAGGUGGCUCACCAGGGAGGAGUGGAGGCUCCACUGUCGGCGCAGGACGCGUGGGGCCAAGGACACGGCGCUCCUCAUCCAGGACCUCCUGGACACCUUCGGCGGACCCGCAGGACGCAACACCCUGAACAUCCCGCUCCUGGACGCUCUCCGCAUCCAAGACAUCUGGAGUACGCAGAGGUGCCACCUCAGCUGCAUAUAGGACCCCCCCCGUGUCCAGCUGUACACCCAGACCGGCACGCUGACCAAAGGGGGGGUCAAUCUCCCAGUUUACCGCUGCGCCAGGGGCUCCGCCUCCCUGGGGUCUUUCCACCUCCACCUCCACCGGUUCAUCCCAGGUACGUGCCAGCCAGGAUUUCAGCAUGUCCUGAAACCGGCCGGGGCCCUGGUGGAAGCCAGGAGUCUCCAGGGGCUCGGAGAGAGACGGGUAGACAGACUCACCGCUCUGGCAACGCCUGCCAGAGCAGGACAAGCGGAGAGUCGUCUACCCGUCCAGACACCAGGACAGACGGUCCAAGGGGCGGUUCAAGGCAGCAACGGGGAAGAACACUUCCUGUCCUGGCAAGGAAAGUCUCCAGCGGUGAGUUUCACUUCAAACAGCUCUGGUGCUUCUGUUGCCGUCUGCCGUAUUCUGUCUCACCUCCACUGUCUUCAGGCACAGGCUCUUUGAGCUGAAUCAGAGGACUCUGUCGCAGUGGCAAGAGCUCUGUCCGUCGCUGAUCCAGAGUCUGUACUUGCAUUCGUCUUGUAGUGAAACAUCCUGAUGUCGACCUGUCUCAGUUAGUCGCAGUUCGGCCGUCGGCAGAAGAGGUGGGAGAGGGCCGUGCUGGAGCAGGAACCAGCAUCGUCCCUGCUCCGGCUGUGGCCACGGAUCCUCUUCCACCAUCCAGAGGGCUGUCCCUGGUCCGGGGGGGGCAGGGGCAGCCCUUUGACUACAACUGGCCAGAGGAGCAGCCAGGCCCCUCCUCCAGGGGCCUCCCACCGCCUCCUCCUCCUCCUCCUCCUCCUCCUACUCCUCCUCCUCAAGGGGUUCCGCUGCCUCCUCCUACACCGGCCGUGUCCAGGACCACGGCCUACAGGAGGAGGAAGGCAGCCGAGGCUGCAGCCGCCGCAGGAGAAGCACCAGCAGCAAAAAGCAGAAAAACCAUCAUGCAGUACACGUGCUCCCAGUGUGGCCAGCCCAAAACGCUGGCAACGGGCCACGGUCGCGUUGGGGGCACGUCGUACUGCGCUGCUGUUGGUGGAAAGUCUGUGGCGGACUGGAAGGAGGAGAUGAACAAAAAAACAUGAGGAGGUGUUUGUAUAUAGUUUUGUAUAUAUAUUUUUUUGUAUAUAGUUUGUACAUAAAUGUAUAUAUUUGUUUAUAACGUGUCUUAUUUUUAAUAAA